ACCUCAGUGAUGCGCACGCCCCUUUUGCUAUUUAUUCAUGACUCACGCAGAUGCUUAUAUAAUGGAGCCAUUUUGACAUCUUUCUCAGACGACGCCAAACCACACAAAGAUAAUAAAGAUGUCUGACGAAGGAAAGCUUUUUGUUGGAGGAUUGUGUUUUGACACGGAUGAAACUUCACUGGAAGAGGCGUUUUCCAAGUAUGGCAACAUUGCUAAAGUUGAUGUUGUAAGAGACCGAGAGACUCGGAGGUCCAGGGGGUUCGGCUUUGUGACUUUUGAAAACCCUGAAGAUGCCAAAGACGCAAUGGCUGCAAUGAAUGGCAAGUCUGUUGAUGGCAGGAUGAUCCGUGUGGAUGAAGCUGGCAAGUCGGGAGGAAGAUCUGACCGUGGUGGUGGUGGUGGCUUCAGGGGGGGUUCUGGUGGCUUCAGGGGGGGUUCUGGUGGCUUCAGAGGAGGCAGAGGAAGAGGUGGGCAUGGUUAUUUAGGAGGAGGUGGUGGCUAUGGUGGUGGUGACAGAAGCUAUGGUGGUGACAGAAGCUAUGGUGGUGACAGAAGCUAUGGGGGAGGAGAGAGAAGCUAUGGAGGUGACAGAAGCUAUGGUGGUGGAGGAGACAGAAGCUAUGGUGGUAGCUACAGGAGUGGUGGAGGAUACUCCUCUGGGGGUGGCAGCGGAGGUUACAGAGAGGCCAGGAGUGGUGGUGAAAGUGGUUAUGGUGGCCGCUCUGGGGGAUCCUACAGAGACAGCUAUGACAGCUAUGGUACGUUUGAUGUAGCCUAGUUGCCAUGAUCUCACUGUUGGUAUGGACUAUAAAUGUUUAGUACGGACUGGACAUGAUUGCAUAGACUCCCAGAAUGGCCCUGUAAGACUUGUUGCUCAGUAUCCGAAAGCCUGUGCCCUCUUGGAUUAGCAUGUUAAAAUACCCAGGUCUGCUCAAAAAUCCAGCUCUGCCACCCACCCAGAAGCAGAAAGACAUUUCAGUAUUUUUUUUCCACUGAGUCAGUUUUCUUUUGAAGAGGCAUAAGUUCACGUCCAAUGCCCCUUGCCCUGAUGCUUUACUGUUGCAAUGAGAACCUUAUGAGAACUGUGGCACAAAAUAUGAAUAGGUUCUAGUCUACUGUGUGAGAAAUGUCCGAAUGCUGCAGUGCCUUUACACUUGUGGCUUCUUCUUGUCCUCAGCUACACACGAGUAAAAACAAAAACAAACUUCCUGAUUGCAAGAUCGUCCCUUCGCUGGCUGUUUUUUAAAAGAUGCGCUCUUCGAAGACACUUUUUUUCUUCUGUUUGUGGUAUCUGGUUCUAGUGUUUUCUUUAACAUUCUUGGCAGUAUCUUUAGAUUUUUUUGUGUUGUGUUCUACAGGAUCUGUCAUGGCAGUAAUCCUGUAGCGUUUAAUUUAAUUAUUGUAAGCCUUGACGCUCACUAAGGAUCUUAAUACCUUAAGUUCAGUAUGCCCUUCUGGUGUUGCAGGAAGAGUCGACACAGGGAGAAUCAAAUUUGAUAAUUAAUGGCUUUAUUUGCAAUGAAACCUGUUUCCACCGUUGACUCGUUAUCUGUUCAACACAGCCUGAUAGCUUCUACGACAAAUUCAGUCUUGACCAUGUUCCUGCUCAAUCGGAAGACUCAAAUGUCAGUAGUAAAAUGUUUCUAUUUAAGCUUAUUUUCACUGCCGUUGUGAAUUCUGGACUUUAAAAAAAAAUCUGUGAAAUUUACACUAGAAGCUUGACAAGCUGUGGUGUGCUCCUUCAGUUCUGUAAUGCAUUCCUUUAGUGUAACAAGGUAGGAAUGCAGUGGGAGCACUGGUUUCCAGCAGACCACCUUGAUAUUGCUAAAGAUUUGUAAAUACUCAGUAUCCAAAGAGUGAAUGACUUUGACUGGCGAAACGAUUUCAUUGAAAGGUAUAGGUGUUUGCAGCCUUCUGCAGUUGGCCUAAGGUACUUUGCUCUUCUCAAACGUGCAUAAUGAUGGACUCAACAUUCACGAUCACUCAAUGUUACUACAAGGAUAUGUGCUCUCUGUUCUGUGUACAAACACCCCUAAUUUUUUUGUAUAUCCUGGCUUCAUGAAGCCUAUUAAACAAUCCGUUGAAAAUGCUCUGAUUUCUUGUGCCUUCAAAGAACUUAAGCUUGUUCACACUAAGCCAGCUGAAUGUUAUGCAAUGCGAGUCUGGUAGGGAGAGAUGUCGUAAGUGGGUUGAGAGAAAUGAUAGCAUAGUCUCAGCUGGAAAGGGUAUUCUGAAAGGUGGGAUCUCAUUUUGGAAGGGUGGCUGAAUUAAUACUCAGAAGAUGCUAAAAGAUCUAACCUGAAGCUAGUCAUUGUGCGGGGUUGGGGGGCCUGGGUGUGUUGCAAGCAGAAUAGAAAUGAAAUGUCAUCCUGGUGCUGGCACUGGUUCUUUUAUAAUGCUUCAUUGCGCCCAAGAGCUCUACUAUCGUUUUGGAACUCAACAAAGUCCUUGGAGAAUGAAGUGUUGUGCCUACCGACACGUGAAUCCGCUCUGGUGAAUGCUGCUCUCUUGGCUAGUUCAUAAGUGGAAAUAGGCCAGUAAUGUGAGGUAAAGACUUUUGCUCUCCUGUUCGCAUCCCUCAAAGUUCUCAUUUUGAUGUCCAUCUUAACUGCCUUCAACUUUAACCAACUACCGCUGUCACUUCCUCAGGCCCUAGCCGUUACUGUUCAGAACCCUGAGUUGCAUGAGUACGUCCAGUAGCGUAUCCUGUUUUUUUUGUUGAAUUUUCACCCUGUCCCCAUAGACCAUUGGGACUACUAGACUCUGAAAAUGACCAUUGAGCUUUUGAAAAUUCCUUAACUUGCCAUGGCUCAAAUAUCCCUAGUGUAAAACAAGAUUCUCCCAGUUUUGAUCUGUGAAACUACAAGUACUGUUCUCCCAGUGAUUGCAAAAGAUGUCUUCAUCUUAAAGGUAGACUCAGCAAAAUGAUGUUGUCACAAGCAGAAGUGCAGACAUUGAUUGGGACGCAAGAGACUACUUGGUCACACAAUAUCUGUGCACAGGUUCGCUUCACAGCGUUUUAGCCAGGGCACCAAAACUGAAGUUGUUGCGCCUUGUGCUUCAAUGCGUCUAGUAGUUGUGGAAAUUGACCCACUAUGCUGUUCACUUUCUGCAUGUGCGUCAUAUCGCUGAAUCUACCUAAAUUCUAGACAGCUAUCACCUUUCUACUUUUGCUUGUCAAGUUUAUCACUAUGUAAUUUGUUUUGUGUAAACAUCUUAACGUUCAAUCAACUUUGAUAGGAUAAACACUGUCUAAUGCUGGAAGUUGAUGCUGUUUAGCACAUCUGUAGUUCAUGUUGAUAAUGAUAAGCAAAUGCAUGUCAUAUUCUUGCCCUCAAAAGCUGUACUCAACUAAUUACAGUCUUGUUACUCGAUCAGGUUAAACUAAGCGUUGGAUGGGAAAGCCUGCUUUAACACGGGGUUGGACUUCGACGCUGACUGUUUCGUUCCAGUGCUUCCUUGGAGGUUCACCACAGGAUGGUUUGCCCUGAAACAGCUCCUUGGAAAAUCGUCACCAGGAGAUAUCUUUAAGCCUGAACUAGAGAUGUGCUGCUGAACUGGACUUGUCGUUUAGUCAAGACCUGCCUUGGAAUGGGAGUGCAUAUCUGAACCAGAUUUCAUGUUUACCAAACUGGUUGUCAUUCUGGCGUGCCAAUGCAGCACCUGUAUUACCAGUAUACAUUUUAAUUUUAAUUUCUGAAGUACUCAAAUGAACGUCUUGGAAAUGGAGUGGAUUAAAUCUAUUUUUCAUA